UAACUUUCGUUUUCCUUACACAGAGCACAGCCCGGGAACAGAAACCCAGCCGGGCAGAUGUCACGACGCAGCAUGGCUUUGGCUCCCCUGUGGUCCUCUCGUGUUUUCUCCGUGGAUGUGGACGGAGGGCCGGUCUACUUUCGACUCCAAAACGAACACCACCGCGGAAAAGGCGGCAAGGUAGUCAAGCGGUUGUUUGAAACUGGCAUGCUAAAAGACGACGGGUGUUACUCUAUCCUCGUCUCCAGCGGGGACAAACUCCGCAACGCCAAGUUUUACUGGGAACUGAAAGACAAACUUUUAGGAGGACUCAGUCAAGGGUGUCGUUUAUCUCCAAUGUGCGCGUUCCUGCCCGGCGUCCAGGACUCGCUCAUAAGAGGCUUUUUGGUGAAGGACUCCUCCAUUGCGACAGAGAGACUUUUACGACAGUUUGUGCAGCGUGACGACCCUGCGUUGGUAUGCUCGUACACGCCGGGGGACACAGAAGAUGACCCACUGUGGACUCAGCAUCUGUGGACCCACGUACAGAACCACUACAUUGUGCCCUCGGAGCCUCCUGGUUACCACCCUGCCACCCUCAACAUGGUCAACUCUGAUGUUUUCUACAGUUUCCAGGAGGCCCGUGACGUUUUGAAGAAGUGUGCUGACAUCAUCCCAGAAGCCACAUCUGUACUGGAGCUUCUGCCCAGAGGCGGCGGGGGCUGUGGCAGCGUGGAGGCCAGAAGCGAACCAGCCUUCCCCAUUAUCGUCUUGGAAGGCCUUGAUGCCACAGGUAAAACCACACUGACAGAGUCCCUCCGGGACGCACUGGGAGCCACUCUUUUACGAUCCCCGCCUCAGUGCCUAUCCCCCUGGAGGGCCCGCUUUGAUCAAGAGCCCCCCAUCGUACGCAGGGCCUUCUACGCUGUGGGCAACUACAUCACAGCACAGCAAAUAGUUCACCACGCCUCCAAGAAACCCGUCAUUGUUGACAGGUUCUGGCACAGCACAGCCGCUUACGCCAUCGCGACAGCAGUCAGCGGUUCAACAUGUGACCUCCCAACAGAGGGCUCCGAGCUGUACCGCUGGCCCGGUGACCUGCUCCGACCCAGUUUGGUUGUCCUGCUCACACUGGACCCUGAGGAGAGGAAGAGGAGACUGAAGGGGAGAGGUCAGGAGAAGACCAAAGAGGAACAUGAGCUGGAUCGAAACCAACACUUUAGGCUCAGAGUGGAGGAGGCUUACAGGAGGAUCAGCGGUCCAACGUGCAUCAGCGUGGACGCUAGCUCCUCUGCAGAGCAAGUGUUUCAACAAGUGAUGCUUUUAAUUAAGGCCAAAUGCCACUUGUAAACUGCUCUCUUGUCUGCGAUAGGCCUCUGAGCAUUAAGUGAAUGCACUUUCUUUUGUGACCACUGGGUGCCAGUAGAGUUAUGUGAAUAAGAAGCGGUUGGUUGGAGAGGAGUGAAAGCAAGAGAGGGAUGCUACCACCAAGGGGGGUCAGAGGAGUCACAGUCCAAUCAGGGAUACAUAUUCAUGCACACAAUUCCUCAGAAGAAAAGUGCAUUUAACUGCUGUUAUGAGUCACAACUAAUUUAGCUCAGCACUGAUUAUUUAAUAUCAGUGAGCAAGAGCAGAGGAAAUCUACAGCAGAAUUAUUAUUAAACAAUGAAGACAUAUUUGUUAAGUAAGAAUAUCUCAAUUAAAUGUAAAUAUGGUAAAACUAUAGCAGGUGUGUCAAACAUACUGAACAGGUUUUUAUCCGACCCACAGGAUAAGUCUGCUCAGUAUAAAUAUGAGCAGACAUUUUCGAAUGAAACUGCUGUUCUAAAUGUGUUCACUAGAUGUCGCAAUAGAAAAUCUUUGUUUCUUAAAGUUAAAGUGCCAAUGAUUGUCACACACACACUAGGUGUGGCAAAAUUAUUCUCUGCAUUUGACCCAUCACCCUUGAUCACCCCCUGGGAGGUGAGGGGAGCAGUGAGCAGCAGCGGUGCAGCACCCGGGAAUCACUUUGGUGAUUUAACCCCCAAUUCAAACCCUUGAUGCUGAGUUGUAUGACUCGGCCGGGGUUUGAACUCACAACCUAUCGAUCUCAGGGCGGACACUCUAACCACUAUCUUUGUAGAUGAUGUAAACAAAACAACCCACAUGAUGUUAGUGCACCAGUCGCGGAUAAUGAGCAAACUACAUAAAUAACAUUGAUUUUGAUAUUGUUUUUUUAUCUUGAUAGAUUGAAAAUUGACACCAAUGAGUUGACUGACGAACAUUAUCACAUUAUUUAUUCAGAAAGUAUAAAUAACAACAAAGAUAGAAUACUAUUAACCGCAAAAUGUAAGUGUAAAAAAAACAUUAUGAUUUGUAAAUUUUAAGAAUGUGCUUGUUCUAUUUCUAAACAAAGAAAACAAUGUGAAGUUGUCUUUUAUUUUUAAGUUAUCAUGCCUUGAUUUUACAAGACCGGCCCACUUGGGAGUAGAUUUUUCUCCACGUGGCCACCGGUCUAAAAUUAGUUUGACACCCCUGCACUAUAGCAUAUAAAAUAUGAAUAUGAAUACAGUCAAUAUAAAAAGUGAACACCUAAUUCUAAUGCCAGCAUUUCCUGAAGUUUUAAUGUCUAAACCACAAAUACAAAUAAUUUUUAUUUCAUUUUUUAUAAGUUAAUUACUCAGUCUUUUAAGGUAAAAGUCAAAAUCCAUGAGACAUUUUAGUGCUUCAAAUCUGUGAACAGAUGUUCUAUUAGGUUUAGGUCUAGUCUCUGGCUGGGACGUCUCAAAACUGUUACGGCUUUUAUUUUUCGUCGGGUGAAGUCUGUAUUGUUAAUUAGGAUGUAAGCUACUAUGUUAGUGUGUAGUCUUGCUUAUGUAAGUGCGAAUGAGCCCUCAUGCGAAUUAAGUGUGUUGCAUUCCACUAAAAGCGAAUCUUUCCUCGA